GAGAAAAUAGAAAUUCAACAUCUGACGUGUCAUCCCCUCCUUGCUCCUUUUUUUUUUUCAAGCACUUUUGGAGUCAGAGAUUUCACUUCUUCAUCCUUCUACUCCUCCUCUGUUCAUCUAUAACCUCAACCUUUCAACUUUCUCUCUCCCUUUCACACCCAACAACAACACUUUCCCUGAGAAACCAUUUCAACCCUUUUCUUUGGUGGGUUUUGUUGAUUUUCCAUUCCUUGUAUUUUUGCUGCUGCUAGAUAGUAUGGUAUUGGCUCUGGCUUCUUUUUAUCUUGAAAAGAAAGAUUGGAUUUUGUUAUAACUAUUUUUUUAUGGUUCUCUUGGGAAAGGUAUCUAUUGAUUCAGGGGAUUUAUUUUUUGGUUAUCAAUCAUCACCUUCGAUAGUGAGUAAUCACUGGAUCUUAUAGAUAGAGAAGGUUAUGUGAUUCUGAGGUGUAAAUUAGUGUUUGAUGAAGUGAAAGAGUGAAGGCAGUGUUUGUAUGAUAAUUUAGCUUUUGGAUCAAGGUGGGUGGGUCCAUUUUUGUACACAAUUUAUUUGAUUCUAUUUCCAGCUUUCAAUCGGAGAGUUGGAAGCUUGGAACCUGUGAUUUGCUCGUUUGUGUUUUACUUUUCUUAUUUGGGAUUUGUGUCUAGAAAGAAUAGUUUAAGUUCUUGGUGAUUGUGAUCUGUGUAAGUGAGGAGAGUAAAAUCCAAGGGAGAGUUGCGGAAGUUUGGCACUUUGAAGAAGGAGGAGAAGAUCUUGUCUAGUGCUUGGUUCCUGCAGCUAUGGCGAUUCAAGACCAAAAUGGAUAUAACAGAUCACAGGGUGGUCCUCCAGUAGGAGAUGGAGUAUCGUUGAGUUCAGGACGGCAUUCCGUUUCACAUAUUCAACUUAAUGAUCAGUUUUCCUGCGGAAAUGACUAUGCUCUGAAGGUAAGGAAACCAUAUACUAUCACAAAACAGCGAGAAAGAUGGACAGAUGAAGAACAUAAGAAGUUCCUUGAAGCUUUAAAGCUGUAUGGCCGAGCGUGGAGACGCAUUGAAGAACAUGUUGGCACAAAGACUGCUGUUCAGAUUCGAAGUCAUGCUCAGAAGUUUUUUUCUAAGGUUCUUCGUGACUCUACUGGAAACGUUACAAACCCUGUGGAGUCAAUUGAAAUUCCGCCUCCAAGACCAAAGCGAAAGCCAAUGCAUCCUUACCCUCGUAAGCUAGUUGAGACCCCUAAUAAGGAAAUCUUGAUCCAAGAACAACCUAUGAAGUCAUCGGAUUUUGAUCAAGAAAACCAAUCUCCAAAAUCAGUAUUGUCUGCCGUUGGUUCAGACAGCCUUGGCUCCUCUGAUUCAGAUACACCAAAUGGAAGUUUAUCUCCCGCGUCAUCCAUUAGUGGCAUCCAUACAAGCGGUUUUACACUUGCCGAACCCAAAACAACACCUGAGGAAGCUGCACUAAAUGCGGAUUCAGCUCAUAAUGAGAAACCCCUUAUGAACUUCAAGCUUCUCCACAACAGAAGUCUUUCUACCAGAGAAGACACGGCAGAAGAAUCUUCUGGUCGAACUCUCAAACUUUUUGGAAUGACUCUAUUUGUAACAGAAGAAUCUUUUCCAACCAUUGAGGCAUGCAAACCAAUACCUCUAGACGCACAUGCGCCUUGCCUUAGCAAAGGGUACGGAAAAUUGGAACUUGUUGGCCACAAUACACCAAGUGAAACAUCUGAAAUUUCCCAGCUUAAGGUGAGAGUGAGAGCUGAAAGAUGUGGGAAAGGGUUUGUACCAUAUAAAAGGUGCAUGGAAGGGGGAGAAAACCGGUCUUCAUCUGUAACAGUUCAUAAUAGAGAAGAGCAAUGCAUCCAUCUUUCCCUUUAGCUUACACCGAUGGGUUUUUCUUCAAAGCAGUUUUCCCUUUGAGAUGAGCUGUAACAGCUGUUUCAGCUUCUGAAAGAGUUGGUAUCAGAAAGGAGGGAAAAAGGGGGAGCUGAAAAUUUUGACAUUUCUGUUGCAUUGCACAUUCUCCAGCUGUUCAAAUCCAUAAACUUUGCUUUUGUAUUUUUGGGACUUUCAAUUGUGAAUUAUCUAGUGGCUUUUGCAUUUUAUGCUUCGUAUAAAUCUACAAAAUGUAAGAUACAUACUUUUGCAGUGCUUAUGAGUACUUGUUCAUAGAUUCUCAAAUUUACUAUGAUGCAAUUACUU